ACAAACAUGAUUGUACUUUCAAGAAUACUUCAACGGACCUUAAGCAUUUAAAAAGUGAAGUAGGCUCAAAAUAUCUCUCCUCAUUCAAGAUGGCUACCAUUUUAACUGAAGUUAAAGUCGCUGACGUCAAAUUAUUUACUCCGCACAGAUGUGGGUUCGAACCUCGCUUUGAGCGUAGAAUUCUUCAUGUGAGAAAGCCAUCCAUUUGACUUUCGGAAGAUCGGUGGUUCUACACAGGUGCCAGCCAGUCUUGAAAGAAUAGGCCGGAAGGGCUUCCGGGAUCUUCCUCCAACACAAAAGCUGGAAAUUCGCCUUAUGGCCCAUAACUGUUUCGGUGUAACGUUAAAACGAAACAAUCUAUGACAUAGAUAUGGCUUCGGAUGGUCAAGUGUACGGACGGACAACGCCAAAACUAUAUCAUUCCACCUACGACAGGGGAUAAAAAGCUGUGUAGUAAACACAGGAGUCGAAGACGGGAUGACUUCCCGAUCUAACUCAAUUAGCCUGCCAACCGCAACUUCCCCACGGCCAGUCUGAUUUUCUGAUAUUAGUUAAUAAUAACGAAAUUAACCUGUCUUGCUCUUUAGAUUGAGCUAAAUAAACCUGAUAUUUUUGUCAAGAGUGGCGUCCCACCUUUUAACGUUCUGCGAUAACAUCAAUUGCGGGUUCGACCUCUUACAUCCCCACAACCAAUAGCAAUUGAUGUUAUCGCAUAUUUUAAACACAUCAAGUAAGCCAGUCGAAAUGUCGAGUUAGCAAGUAAGUCGAAGUGUCGAGUUACUUACUUCGAAAUUUUGAGCUAGAGAAACUUAAGCUAUCUCACAUCUUCGAGUUAAUCCUGUGCUUAAUAUCGAGUUAUAGGUAGGAACGUAUGUCGAGUUAAAUAUUUCACAAAAACACACAACGCCUACUUAUGCAGUAAUCUUUUUACAAUACUUUCUAAAGUUAUUUAGUAAAAAUACUAUUUAUUGUACACUACAAUCUUUCAUUUGUCUCGGGCAACAAGGUCACAAAAUAAUUAUAGUUUCACUCGUCUACUAGAUACACACGAUUAGGCAUUAAUGUUACUAUUAUGAUAUAGUUCAUUUAAAAAGAAGCAGAUGCUAUAUUUACUCGUCUAACUGGGCCCGAAAGAACAGGUGGAUACAUUGAGAUGUCCCCCUACACAGGUAAAACGUCCUUUAUCUGAUAUAAUGUUCGUCGUUUGCAUACUAAACAAGUAAGUAAAAUCUUUUAAGGCUGUAACAUGCAUGAGUAAAUCGACACGUGUAGAACUAGAAGGGUUAAAUGGUGGGACGAAAAUGACAAAAAAAUCUCCAUGUAAAUAUUGAUUCGUGUUUGGUCUACUUUUAUAUCACAAAAGUAGAGCUAGGUUAAAAUGUAGGACUAAAUUCUUAACUAUAUAAAUAUACCUUCAGUUCAUAAAAUCAAUAACGCUUUUAAACAUUGUCAAGUUUGUAUAAAGUAACUUAAGAGGAGAAAUAUCAAGUAAAGUUACAUAGACUAUGGGGAACGCGGCAAGUGACAAGCUUAGUGAGUUAGUUGGGGAAGUCACCCCAUCUUCAAUUUUAGUGUUUAUUGCAGCUUUUUUAAUCUGCUACAUUGUUUUCUACCGGUCGAACUUGCCUCCGGGACCACUUAGAAUUCCUUUGAUUGGAAACACAUGGUGGCUGCUAUAUCAGCAGUCAAAGAGGAAGCGUCUACCUGUGGCGGUGUUUGAGGCCUCCAAGGACUAUGGGGAUGUUAUGCAUUUCACUCUGGGAAGAGAGCACAUUGUGUUUAUUCAUGGAUACGACGCAAUACACGAAGCGUUUGUUGCUAAUGCAACUAAUUUCAGCUCAAGACCAAGUCGUUUAAUGAAAACUGUAGACGAGGAUGGACUUGGGGUAGUGAUGCAAAGUGGGAAACCUUGGAAAAUAUUGAGGAAAUUUACUCUCCAGUCGCUCAAGGAUUUUGGAGUUGGUAAAUCAAGUUUAGAAGAAAAAAUAGCUUUUGAAAUUGAUGCAGCUACAGCUGUUCUUAAAGAAGCAAAUGGAAGCCCUACUGAUGUACGGCUCCUUACAUCCAUGAUCAUAACUAACGUCAUUUAUGGAAUAAUCUUUGGAAAGAGGUAUGAGUAUACAGACAGCAAGUUUGGAACAGUUAUAGAAAAUCUUGACACCAUUUUCCAUGCUGGUGCCCCGAUAGAUAUUGCAUCUCUUGUACCAAAGUUUGUUUACAAACUCUUGCAGAAUAAAGAGAGAGAACAAGGGAAAGCUGCCAACAUCAAAGCUACUAAAUGGGUGAAAGACCAUAUCAAUAAAGAAAUAGAAGAGCACGAGAAAACGUUCGAUGCAAAUAGCAUCCGAGAUUUUGUUGAUCUGUUUAUUCAAGCUAAAUAUGAAGAGUCGGAGAAAGAUCUCUUUACUUUGGACAAUUUAUAUUACGUGAUCAUGGACUUGUUUAUUGCCGGGUCAGAAACUACUUCAAACACACUGAACUGGACUAUUUUAUACAUGCAGGAGUAUCCCGAGAUACAACAGAAAUGUCAAAAUGAAAUCCAAGAGAAAUAUGGUGAACGUCCAGUGAAGUGGGCAGACAGAGGCACUCUUCCCUAUGUAGAGGCUACACUUCUGGAGAUACAGAGAGUAGCAAAUAUUGCUGAAUUUUCAGUCCCACAUACCAAUGAAAAUGAAGCAACAUUAAGGAGUUAUCGAAUACCGAAGGAUUCUAUCGUUCAGGCAAAUUUGCUAUCGUCACAUAUGGACCCUCGGUACUGGGAUGAGCCACAACAAUUCAAACCGGAAAGAUUUCUUCAGGAUGGGAAAAUCAAGAAGAACAAAGCGUUCAUGCCUUUCAGUGUUGGUCCUAGGAUGUGUCUAGGAGAAAAUCUUGCCAAGAUGGAAAUAUUUCUGACAUUUACAAAUUUUCUUCAAAGAUUCACGUUUAAAGCAGAGAAUGAAGACACGAGACAUUCUUUUGAAUGCAUAUUUGAACAGCUAACAUGUGCUCCACUUCCGUAUAAAACAAGGCCAAUCAGCAGGACUUGAUGUAAAGAAGAGUACAAUGCCAUCUAGAUAUUCAGUGCCGAAAAUUAAGUUACCAUGACAAGAGCGUUUUGAAAAUUUGACACAAUUUAUCAAAUUUUGCGCUGCUUAUAGACCUAGAAUCUAUGUGACAUUUAUAUUGAAACGAAAAAAAUAUAUCGGUAUAUCUCUCACAAUUUGUCUUGUGUGGAGUCUAAUACAGUGAAACGUAUACCACAUUUAUUUACGAGAUAAGAAUACAAUUCUCGAUGGUGAACAUAAUCGUGCAGAUUUAGUUGGUAAUACAUUUGUGAAAUCAGAAAUUUAUGAAUCUCGAUCAGUGUUUGCAGAUGGCUUAGAAAUAUUAAUGUUUUCAUUUCUCGAAAUGCAUAGCUCUGACAGACCCUUGUUUGCUAUACGAACAAUACUGGUUUUAUACUAAGUUACCAAAAUAUAUUAUGAAUAUAAUGGAACAGAUUUAAUCAUACAGACAUAUCAUAUUGUUAUUUGUGUUUUAUGUAUAUAAGCUUUUAGAAACGACUAAGGUUGUAGCCUUUCAGACAUUCUAAAACACAUAACUAAUAAAUAUAUGAUUUGCCACGAUAUAUCUGUAACAAAUUUGAAGAAAGAAACUUUUUUUAAAUUUCUUACUCAUAAGCUUUCGUUUACCAAACAUACGUAUUUUGUAAUUUUGAUAAAACUUAUCAAAUUGUGCUGAGAAGCUGUGCUACAUUUUUUGUUUCUCAAAUUCCGUAUUUUGUAUGGCAAAUGUUAAUUUACCUGAACAAUUAUAAUUUCAUUCGACAUUUGCUGUAUAUGUUUCGGUUUAUUAGCAAUGUUAUACUUCGUUUCAAAUGUUAUGAAUGUAUUAUAACUUUUACUAUCAUAAAUGAUACGUUUUGAUACACCUGUACUUGUUUUUGCUUUAUAUUGUAAAUAUUACUAGAUGUAAUAAAUGUAAUGCUGAAAUAGGAAAUGAAAUGUAUGUUUUGUUCUUAAAAUAUGAAUUCAUCUUUGACCUUCAUAGUAUUAUUUGACGUUGU